UACACAAUGACAGUUUCCGUCAGCUCGACUCGCUAAUCGUAACCGCGUUGAGCGAGACUUUUUUUUCGAUUUCAGUUUCAGUUGGGACAACAAUUUCAACAUUUCAAACUAACGAUCGAUGUCGAGUUACAUUUUACACACAGAAAGAGAGAUUUUUUGAAUAAAUAGGAGUUGUACUUUGUGUACUUAAACUCUGAACUUCCAGCUCGAGGCCCAGCAGAGAGCUCGAGCGGCAGCUCCGAAAAGUUUGUUGUUGUCACGUGAUGCGAGACGAAUGUGGCGAUAAAAGUUUGUUUAGAUAGUAAAACUAGGUGGCGUACUACGUUAUUAAAACCUUUUGAACUCCUUUUUUCACCAAAAUGCCUCAACCAAAGCAUCGAAAGAUUGCUGUUAUAGGGUACAGGUCUGUAGGAAAGUCGUCUCUUACAAUACAGUUUGUGGAAGGACAAUUUGUUGACUCCUAUGACCCCACCAUCGAAAACACCUUUAACAAAUUGGUCAACGUGAAUGGUCAAGACUUCAAUCUUCAGCUGGUUGAUACAGCUGGACAAGAUGAGUACUCAAUUUUUCACCAAUCCCACUCAAUGGACAUCCAUGGGUAUGUCCUUGUCUACGCAGUGACUUCCAAUAAAAGUUUUGAAGUUGUACAGGUUCUACACGACAAGCUGCUAGACAUGGUUGGGAAGAUUCAGGUCCCAACUGUUCUUGUAGGGAACAAAAAAGAUCUCCACAUGGAAAGGGUUAUCAAGCCAGAGGAGGGAAAGAAACUUGCUGAUUCCUGGGGAGCUGCAUUCAUAGAGUCCUCAGCCAAGGAAAAUGAGACUGCUGUGGAGGUUUUUAAGCGGAUCAUUUUGGAGAUGGAGAAAGCUGAUGGAAAUGGACCUCCAGAGGAGAAGAAGUGUGCUGUGAUGUGAAAGUGUAUCCAGGACAUCAGUAAGCUCAUUUGCUGAAGACAAGAGGCACAACUUCACCAGCUGGCCAAUCGUGACCUCACCGACACCAAGACACUGCAGUGGAACUUUUCUGCUCCAUUGUGAUGCUUGAUUGAUUUACAUAGCAAGCCAACUGGCCCGACAGUCGAUAAAACCAUCCCACAUAUUGUAACCGCAAGGAAAAGUUUCUAAGAGCAAGAUUAAUCUUUGUUUUAGACAAAGAAUUACUGACAGUAAAUACUUUCUUUAAAUACUGAAAUGUAAUCUUAAACUGGGCAUAACAUCUAUUCAAAUGCCCAGAAAACAAAAACAUAUUUCCAGACAUAUUAGUCCCAAUUAAUUGCAUCAAAUUCUUUAUUAAGUGUAUUAUGGCAAUUACUUCUAAAGAUGAUGUUUGAGACAUCAUUGGCUUAUAUCUUCUAACUCUUUGAUUAGUUGAGUUAAUGUAAAGGUAGGGCUGGUAAAUAACAUUCUUUAAGGACUGGUAUUAUUUCUUUUUUUUGACAGUGAUUCAGAGUCACAGUUCACAUUGCUUUAAAUGUGGUGUUAAAAUGUCAGUAUCUCUUACAAAUGGAGUUCCUUAAAGACCCUGGAGGAAAUUGAACAUAAGAAAUAUCACUUGUUUCACAGUUUUUCUCACUGUAAUUUUUCAACUUAUCUUCAGGUACCUUUCGCCAAUUAACUCUUGAACUUUGUCUUCAUGAUGGAGGAAUCUAUUUGUAUAUCUAAAAACUCACAUUUUAAGCUCUUCCGCUAAGCAUAUUAGUCCUCUUCAGUUGUUUAUACAGUUUAAUUUCUCCUUACUGACUGUAAUAACGAUGUCAUGGGCAACCCUCAAAUAAUUUUAGUUUAGGUUGGAAUAGAUUUUUGGUAUUUACCAGUUAUGGCCUUUUUAUACAAUAUCAAUAGAAUCUUAGUCAUUGGUUUGAUACUAUUGGUUAUUUUGAGUGGUGCAGGUUUGCUCUCCUUUCAAUAUUCCAAGUAGAUUAUAUUCUUAUAAAUGCAUUAUAAUUAUGAACAUUAUUGAGUUGCAUUUUUCAAAUUACAUUUUAACACUGCGUAAGACUAUUCGAGUGUCUCAAGGCUACACAUUUAGUUCAGUUAUCUUUGAUCUCAUGGUUUUGAUAUGAUGGUUUAAACUGGCUUGAUUAAACCAAGCCAGAAUGGCAUGCAGUCCAUUUAAUUCACAUUUUGGACUUGCAUGUUCACUGUCAGAUGCUUGAGAUCCUUAAUACGUUUUUUUUUCUUAGAUUUUGUAGCCUGGCAAAACAUGACACAACAUGGAUUUCCCCCCAUAAUCCUCAUGUUAAACCUGUAGUGGGUAAUUGUAACUUCCUUUUUUUUUUUUAAGUGCUUUGCUUAGUUGUUGAUUGAUAAUGAUGGUUGAAUUUAGCUGGUGAUGCUGUGUCCUGUGCCUUACAGUUCCUCAAACUCCCUCAUCUUCUUCCCUUCAUGACUCAAGGUGCUCUUAAAGGGUUAGUUUUUUUCCUUCUGUUGACUUGAUACCACUGUGCAGGUGGUGUUGUGCACCUGAACACCAAUAUCCCCUUGUGGGUCAAUGUUAAUUCAGAAAUCUUGCUGUAAACAGUUUUGUAUAUAAAUAAAUCUGUUACUCAUU